CUUUGGCUUUUGCUUUCCAGUCUGUAAUUCUGUGUGUUCAUGAAAAUACUCAAUCUGUUCAUGAAAAUAGAAGACUAAGAAUGGAGAAACGCUUGUGACUCGUCGCAAGCUGCCCUGUCGUUUUUGGUACGAACCAGCGAAAGCUCACAGAGCUAGAGGCAGUCUAAAAUGUGGAUUCUUCGCUCGUGUUCCACUGCUGAUAGCGCUGUGAGACGUCUCCGUCACGUGCACAAUGUGAUAUCUACAGCCUACUGCAGCAGUAGUGCUGGCAAUGUUUCUAGUGGUGGAAGUUCUGAAACAGAUUCAGUGUCCAUUGGCGAUGCCAGUGUUACGCUAAGUCAGCCUAAUAAGCCUGAACUAGUCCCCACUCAGCACCUGCCACUCGAACCUGGCCAGUCUGUCCUAAACCAUCUACGAUGGAUUAUGCAAAAGGAUCUACUUGGUCAAGAUGUGUUCCUCAUUGGACCUCCCGGCCCUCUGCGCCGUCACCUUGCCAUGCAGUAUUGCGAGUUAACCCAGCGGGAGGUGGAGUAUGUAUCCCUAUCCCGCGACACAACCGAGUCUGAUUUGAAGCAACGGCGUGAAAUCCAGGGUGGAACUGCUUUCUACGUCGACCAGGCUGCCGUGCGAGCUGCUCUGGAAGGUCGCAUCCUUAUUCUCGAUGGUAUUGAGAAAGCUGAGCGCAAUGUGUUACCCGUCCUGAAUAACUUGCUGGAAAACAGGGAAAUGCAAUUGGAAGAUGGCUGCUUCCUGAUACCAGCUGCUCGCUAUGAUGCACUGGUCAAGAGUAGCUCUCAGGCUGAGCUGGACAACUGGAAGUUGAAACGUGUCAGUGAGAGGUUCCGUGUCAUUGCCCUUGGCCUGCCAGUGCCCCGCUACAAGGGAAAUCCCCUUGACCCACCGCUUCGCUCUCGCUUCCAAGGCCGAGACGUGCGCCACAUGGACUUUGCUGAUGCAUUGGCGCUGAUGCAGCAGGUUGCGCCCAAUGCCUCUACUGACAAACUGACCACUCUAUUAUCUGUCGCAAGUACCAUCUCGUCAACAGAGGGCAACACCCUGGGCUUGCCAGACUAUCCCCUCGACUCUAUUACUGAUCUGGCGGCUAUGUUGAAUCUUGCGCCGGACAUGCCAGUGGCUGUGCUGCUACAAGUGCUCUACCCAAACACAAUGCUGACCGCGGAGGGUCAGAAGGCGUAUGCGGCUUGCCUCGAGCAUUUCUCAUUGAAGAGCACCAGUGUGGACAAUCAGCCAUAUGCCCUGUCUCAAGUCUCGGUGAAAAAGGAGGAUGGCCACUCAUAUGCUGAAGUGGAACUUGCAAACAAGAAUGGAUCUGCAGUAAACUUCACGACUCCAGCUGGCUGUUUAUCUGAGAAGGCUGCCGAUAAGUCGUUCGUAAUGACAGACUUCCACAGUGGUCUCCUUGCUCAGCUACUGCUUAGCCAUAGCGCUGGUGAUGUAUGCAUUAUUGGACCUAAGGGCUGUGGCAAGACUGCAGUGGCACGUUACUUUGCGGAUGUUCUGCAGUAUAACUGUGAAUCAGUUCUGCUCUACCAGGACAUGACGGCUAGAGACUUGCUACAGCAACGUAUGACGCUGCCAAACGGUGACACAUCAUGGCGUCCGUCGCCCCUGGUAACUGCUGCUCUCCAUGGUAACUUGGCCGUACUGGACGGUCUUCAUCGCAUCAAUGCCGGAACACUGGCUGUACUACAGAGGCUGCUGCAUGAUCGUGAGUUAAAUCUGUACGAUGGUACCAAGCUGUUGAGACACGAUCGGUAUGAGCACUUGAAGGAGCAACUUGGUGUGAGCGAUGAGGAGAUGGCCAAACGAGGUGUGCGACCCAUUCAUCCUUCGUUCCGUGUUCUUGCACUGGCUGAACCCCCAGUACUAAACACACAGAAGGCACCAUGGUUGAAUCCCGAGUCACUCACUAUGUUCAUGUAUCACUACAUGAGACCACUGGAUAGUAGAGAAGAGACACGCGUGCUCAAGGAGCUGGUUCCUGGCUGUGAUGAAUCUCAGCUCGGACAGCUGCUUCACUUCACGCAAGCUCUCCGCUCGAAUCAGAAGAAUGCCACCCUGGCAUCUCUCAGUUCCUCGUUGUCUACUCGUCAGCUAUUGCGUGUUGCCAAGCGCAUGGAACAGUUUGGCUCUGAGGACAUUCACUCAGCUGUUCACAAGGCAUGUCUUUCUCAAUUUUUGCCGCAGAUGGCUCGUGGAAUUCUUAAUGAUCAUCUUGAGGCUGAGGACAUUGUUCCAGUAGAUAGAAGUUCAACCGAAGAUGCCAGCACCACUGCCACAGAGCCAUGGGCGAAGGAAGAUGGCUCGCUGCGGAUUGGUCGCACAACAGUGGCACUCUUGCCCAAUGAGAAUCAAGUGAAAGUGCCUGAUGUGCUGUUCUAUGACAAUCCACAACACACACGUGUCAUGGAGGAGAUGCUCAAGGACUUUGCUCUGGGUGAGCAUCUUCUACUUGUUGGCAACCAGGGCGUGGGCAAGAAUAAGCUAGUGGAUCGGUUCUUGUACUUGUUGGAUCGUCCCCGUGAAUACAUACAGUUGCAUCGAGAUACUACAGUUCAGUCCUUGACCUUGCAGCCCACUGUCAAAGAUGGCCGUAUUCUAUACGAGGACUCACCCAUGGUUGUAGCCUUGCAGCGUGGACAUGUUCUGGUGGUCGAUGAAGCAGACAAAGCACCAACGCAUGUUACCUGUAUUCUCAAGGCUCUCGUGGAAAGCGGAGAAAUGAUUUUGGGCGACGGCCGUCGUGUUGUCACCGGUGGUGUUGCAGUGCCCAAGGAUCUAGACAAUGUGAUUGUGGCACAUCCCAACUUCCGUCUCAUUGUCCUUGCUAACCGUCCGGGAUUCCCUUUCCUUGGUAAUGACUUCUUUGCCUCGCUCGGCGACAUGUUCAGCUGCCAUGCAAUCGGCAAUCCAGACAUGCUGUCAGAACUAGCUAUGCUGCGCCAGUACGGCCCUGAUGUGCCUGGGGAUAUCCUCUCCAAGCUAGUUUCGGCAUUCUCUGAGCUGCGCGGACUGGCGGAUGAUGGCUUAAUCUCCUACCCGUACAGCACUCGUGAAGUCGUCAAUAUUGUCAAGCAUCUGCAGAAAUUCCACGAGGAAGGACUGCCGAUGGUGGUGCGCAACGUCUUUGACUUUGAUCGCCAUCAGCCGGAGCUUCAAGAGCAACUGAUCAGUAUCCUACAGAAGCAUGGCAUUCCGCUGGGAGUUGAGAAAGAUGGUGUGAAGACAUCCAAGAAGUUCCCCCUCCCAGUGCCAUCAUUUGCUGGUCGGUUCUUCCGCGGCUCUGCUGGCCAGGAGGUCACGUGGCAAGAAAAACCUCUAAGCAUUCAGGGAGAUGAGGUGUGUCCUGCCACAGUGAUUGACCUGGACCGGGAUCAUACCCGCACCAAGCGCUUCUCGGAGAAGUUUGUCAGCUUCAACUUGCCCCUGUCCGGCUCUUCACGCUCUGUCAGUGUCAGCUCAGUACAAAAGGAUCCCAGUGAUCAGGUGUACAUCGCUACGUCCUCACCGUCAGCACUCUACUCCAUGUCUCUGCAUGGCAAGACGGCAAAGUGCUUUGAGCUCUACGACUACUUCCCACAGCUCAGCUGGACGCAGACGCUGGAGUUGAGUGUUGUGGGGUUGCAGAAUAGUGUCAGCGGUGAUGUCAUCGUACACGAGGCAUCUAAGGGUGAACUGCUGCUGAUCAAUGUGGACAAGGAGUCUGUGAAGUCUAUUGCCUUCAGGGACGAUGCUACCGAGUCGAUUGACAUGGAUGAACGCAUUCGCUCCCGCCAGAAAACUGGAAAGAGUUUUAUUUGCGGCGACUUUACUGCCGAUGAUAUUGUCUACGUGUACACAGCUGGCAGUAAUGCUGUUGACAUGAUCAAUGUACUGGAUGCCAGUCGACAAUCGCUAGAACUGCCCUUCCCCAUCAAGUCAGUUGUUUUCCAUGACAAGUCAUCAUGGCUGGUCACGGCUGCGGAUGGGAGCGUCCAUAGUUUGACGGGUGAUGCGUAUCUGCCAUCUCAACUAUCACCACUACACGCCGAAGGAGAUGAAAGAGGUCUGAUACCAUCGGGCAUAGUCCCAGCCUGGAUUGGUCCAGCUGCUAGCAAUGCCAGCUUGUCUUCCACCACGAACAUUGCUACCAAUGACAAGGGCCACAUCAUGCAACUGACCAACAUGUCAUCCAUGGAUCCAGCUAACCCAGUUGAAGUUCAUCACGUGUUGCCAGUUACUCAAGCCACCGUUCCUCCACUGUGGCUACCAGAAUCCCAGCUGUUGGUUCAAGUUGUGCCGGAGGCUCCGGCCUCUCAGCCAGCCGUGUCCCAGGACUCGGCGAGUGAUUCCACUGUCGCAACCGCUGCAUCAGCAAAGCCUCCUGCAGCACGUCUUGUCAGGGGCAGGCACUUGCGGGUGGUUGAUUUCCAGCAGCAGUCUGUGCGCUACAUGCAACUGACAUCACGGCGAGGUGAUGGUCAGCAAGCUACCCCAGCAGCAUUCAGUAGUAAACCUCGCUUACCUGUGGCUACGACGGGCUUGAGCAGCGGUGAUGUCCUUACAGUGCAGAGUGAUGGUACUGUUGACCUAUUUCAAAUUGCUGCUGAUAAACUAGAGAGAUCCUUGAGUGAAUGGCAAAAGAUGGUUGGUUUGGCUACCGCCAGGAAACUACAGAUCAACUACAAUAUGAAGGAUGGCCAGAUCAAAACACGGGGCAAGAUGGACGGGAAAGGAAAGGACAAGAAGGGCGUGGAUGCUAAGGGCAAGCCUCUUACCAAGCCCAAACAUGGCAAGGUUGAUGCAAACAAUGCACCGCACGUUGGUGGAAACCAAUGGGCAGGUGGUACAGGUGGUCGUGAUACAGCCGGUCUUGGUGGUGUCGGAGGACCGUAUCGCUUGGAUGCUGGUCAUGAUGUCCACCAAGUGCCUGACGAAGUGAAGGAAGCAGUUCCGCGUGAGAUCACGGCCGCUGCAAGAGCUAUGGCAUUGAAGGCAUGGAAAGACAAGUUGAAAGACAUUGAUAUGGCUGAAUUUGAUGCACAGUUGUACGACAAGCUGUCCGCAUCAGUCAGGCAACAGGUUGCUGCAUUGAAGGUUGUCAUUGAGGGCCUGGAGGCUAAGCAGAAGGACAGAUCGUGGACACGUCAUCAGACAUCGGGAGAACUGGAUGAUAACAAGUUGAUUGAAGGCCUAACGGGCGAGAAAGAUAUCUACAGACGGCGAACUGACCUGGAUCCUGAUGGUCAAGAUCAACAGAAGCCAAAGCGUUUGCGAUUACUUGUGGACGUAAGCGGCAGCAUGUAUCGCUUCAAUGGUGUUGAUGGCCGUCUGGAACGAGAGAUCCAGGCUGUGCUCAUGGUCAUGCAGGCGCUGGAGAAGCACCAAGACAAGAUAUCGUUGGAUAUUGUAGGUCACUCUGGCGAAGGUGAGACAACGUUCCUCAAAGCGUCACAGAAGAAUCUGAACGACAAGCAGCGUCUUUCAGUCUUGCUUCGAAUGCAAACACAUACUCAGAUGUGUUUGAGCGGUGAUUGCACCGUGGAGGCUACGGAAAAUUCAGUCGAGGAGAUUGCCAAGGAAGAAGCGGAUGAGCACUUUGUCAUAGUGUUGAGUGAUGCGAACUUCUCCCGCUAUGGAAUACAGUCGUCCACGUUCUCCAAAGUGAUGAGUAAAGACGCCAAGGUCAAUGUCUUUAUUAUCUUUAUUGGCUCGCUGGGCGACCAGGCUGUCAGGCUAGUUCAGCAGCUUCCGUCUGGCCGGGCGUUCAUCUGCAUGGACACAAGCACACUUCCCAAGGUCUUGCAGAGUAUCUUCACCACAGCUAUCCUGCACUAAGACAAUGUGUGUGUGCGUGCGCGUGAGUACAUCAUGGGCCACCCUGAGAACGUUCUUACACGUGAAAGUAGCUGCAUCAGUGGACAACGGCCUCUGCUGCAACUGCCUUUCAUCCAAUUCUGCCUGGGGGUGCAGGGUGUGAGCUACCUGCUGUGAACAUUUAUGCCUUGGCAUGAGUUGUCACUUCCGAAUCAUUUUCUUUCUUAAAAAAGCACUCCCAUUGUCUGUGCAAGACCACAGGCAGGAGGUUGUACUUGGAAAUAGUGCUCUGGUCAUAGGACUGAUGGGACUGAUGUUCUAUAUUUCAAGUAAAUAAUUUCUGACUGGGCUUGCUCUAGUAUUUAUUACUUUCAAUUUUCUUAGCAUGGCAUAGGGUUGCUGGUGAAAACACUUUAUAUUAGGUCAUGAAAAUUAAUAGUAAAUUAUUGCUAUGCAGUGAGAA